GAAGAAGCAGAAUCUUUUUUACACAUGUGGAGGAAGCCCUGCUGUGUUUACGUCUCAUCCAGCUAUGAGCGUCUGGUUUUCUUAACUCCAACUUUUGGCUUGUCAAAGUUUUUUAAAAAGGUGCACUCAAAGAAGCGAGGGAGGAUAAGUAUGAGCGUGUUGGAUCAGGACCAGAGUUUCCAUCCCGGUUGCCAUGACAAAACAACACUGUCUGCUAAUUCGACAGACAUGGCUGGAUCCGCCAAACAGCCGCUCCAAAGUUUGAAAUUGGCAUCACACGAAGUUUUGGAGCAAGCUCAACAGAAGGGCAGGUUGAAAUGUGCGAAAUGCGGAGGGUCAAGGAUGUUCUUCUGCUACACGUGCUGCUCCCUAGUGGGGGUCGGUCCUCAAGAUGUCCCCCGCGUUAAGCUUCCGGUGAAAAUUGACAUCAUCAAACAUCCAAAUGAGACGGACGGGAAGAGCACGGCAAUCCACGCGAAGAUCCUGGCUCCGGACGACGUGAACAUUUACACCUACCCCUGUAUCCCGGAGUACGACCAGGACAAGGUCGUACUCGUAUUCCCCGGACCGAAAGCUGUCACCGUCCAAAACAUGAUCCAGAGUUUGACCGAACGAGCCCAGGACCCCUCUGAACCCAGAAGGAAGAGGUUCAGGGGGUCGAGUUUGUCUGAUUGUCCCACACACGGAGAGGGGGAGCGGGGAGAGGAGGGGGCAGAGGGCAAGGAGUCCAAGGCCCCGCCCAUCCAAAAGGUGGUCUUCAUCGACAGCACAUGGAACCAGACAAACAAGAUCAGCACCGACGAGAGACUGCAAGAUUUGCUACAAGUGGAGCUGAAAACAAGGAAAACGUGUUUCUGGCGCCACCAAAAGGGCAAACCGGACACUUACCUGUCCACAAUCGAAGCCAUUUACUAUUUCCUCAAAGACUUUCAUGAACUUUGCCUGGAGCGGGUUUACACCGGAGAAUAUGACAACGUACUGUUCUUCUACUCGUAUCUCCACACGGUCAUAAACAAAGCCAAGACUGCAGCAGGAAGGAAGUAAAAGUCAGUAUUUAUUUUAGCGGAAGAACUGAAAAGCUUCGCCGUUUCAUGAUUGUUUGUACAGUAUGUUAAGAUGCACUGGGGCCAGACCUGUCAGAAUUACAUUUACCAUUAUAUUAUGUUGCUGUUAUUACAAUAAUUUUGAAGUUUCAUUGUCAUUUUGAAAGCCGUACAAUAUGAGAAAUAGAUUGUACAUAACUAUGCUUUAUAUUGCGAUAACGAUAGAUACUUUAUUAAUCCCCAGCCAGGGAAAUUCAUCAAACGAUACUAAACUGGGUCAAAAUUAAAAACUUGAAGAGACGAAACCAGGACCAACCCAACUAGUGACCCACCGAUAUACUGAUCUCGGAUAGAAGGCGUCUCAUUUGUCUGUUAUUAAUGUUCAUAUGUGAAAUAAAAACCCCAGGAUCAUGUAGAGCAGGUUAAUACGAACAUUUAAGACCCAAAUGAUGAGUCUGACAGCAGCAGGUACAGAGAGAGAGGACAGUUUUUCAAUGUAAAGUGAAUUGGAGCCAGAGCCGAUGGAGCCAAAAGCGCGAACAUGAUCACUUCCUGUUUGGCACGCAGCGCUAGCAGGUUAGCUAUGUCCGUUUAUAUAUACACAGACUACGCCACUGUUGCUGAACAUUUUAGCUGAAAAUCGGCUUCCAAGAUAAUGGUUCAGCUGAUAUUUGACUGAUUUAUGUAGAUCAAAAUGGGAUCGGACAAUCUUGACCCAAAAUGUCUCAUGUUGAACUUGUUUCAGAUGACAUCACAUUUUACAGACCAAUAAUAUUUAAUACAGAUGGGGGCAGCUAAAAUAUUGUUCAAAUGCUGAUUUUUUUUUUUUUGUUGCCAUGUAGUGAGUUGUUGGGUCUAGUCACUAAUAAAAAUUAACAGGUUCAACAUUUGUGAAUUUACCUUUUUGAUAGUUCAUGGUUGAGUACAAGGUUAUCAAUCGGGAAAACUCUGGCUCUUGCCCAAAUCUGAUACCGGGUAUUGGCAGAUACUUAAAGCCAAAGUGUUGCAGCCUCAGCCAAAAGUAAAGUUGAGUUAAGUAUGAAACAAACUUGACCAGCUUUAAUGUCGUCAUCUCGUCAAAAACAGACCUGGAGUUGUGUUUUGUUUCAGUCACACGUUUGGAGAUGUACACAGACUAAUAAUAAAGUGUUACUCAAAGCUCAAAAUGCUCCGUUCCACCUUGUGAUGUCAUGAAGUGGUAGUUUUCAAGUGAACAGCUCCUUUCACCUUUAGUUCAGUAGAGAUACGUGGCAAUUCCAGGGCUAAAAUGAUCCAAUUUAUCCUAGUGAAGUUUGAGCCUAAAUCUGCAGGGUUUGUGUGUUAAACGUGUGUGAAUGAACAUCUGCCUUGUAACAGAUCAGAAAAUAGCGAAACAUGGGCCCUUUAAAAAAAUUGAGUCACAGGACACUUUGUGAAAGGACAAUCUUAAGGAUUGUACAUUUAAAUAGAUUUUAUUUACAAAUUCUUACACAUGAUGCAACCAUUUUAAAAAUAACCUCACUAGAUGUACUUCAUAUUUAUAUCAAACUCAAAGUCCUUCCUUUCACUAAUCAAAUUUCCUUUAAUAUUUAUCACAAGUACAGAUGGGCUCGUCGACGUCUUUGUGUUUUUAGUAGUACACUUCU